AUGACAGAUUUGAAGCAACGACCAAAAGGAGAUACCAUGAUUCAAUGGAAAUUGGAAACAUUGCAAGUCGCUGCCACGAACCUUUCAACUGUUGUCCUAGUCUUUGCACUUUGGGGUUCUCUUUUUGCACUCGUAUCCCUUGUCUUUGGUAUUACUUACAAAAAAUUUACAAACAAUAAUGAAUCUAUUAAUCUUUUUUAUUUUAUUGUCUUGAAUUUUGUCGAACCAUUCUGCUUUCAAAUCGCGCAAUUUAUUAUAAUUUACAACUCAGUAAGGCCAACUCCAAAUAAUGCACCAUUGGGUCGGGCGUUCAGCAUGAUGAAAAAUCCGCAACACCCUUUCAAAACAUUGUCAAGUAGGAGAAUGUCAAGUUCGAAAAUAUCAAGUAUGAUAAUAUCUAGUACGGGAUCAAAUACGAAAAUAGAAAAAGAUACUCGUUCUAGCAUAAUGCGACCUGCGUCCAUUGUUCCUAAGGCACACCUAUUAUCUCUGCCAGAAACUUGCAGUAAAUCCAUAACUUUCACAAGCUCAAGUCCCACAAACACGGAUUCAUCAAACAAGUUAUUACAACCUGUUCAUCCAAGAAAUCGUUUAGCGUUAGAUGAAAAUCUUGAUACAAUAAGUAAUGCAUCGACAUCAUAUUAUUCGAUCGGAGAAAGCUUUAUAACAUUAAGUCGAAAUAACUCCUUGAUUGAUUUUAAUACGAAAGAAACCAAUAGCCAAAGAACAAGUUCUCAACUUUCUAUCAAUGAACAUUUAAUUUAUCGCUGCCCUUGA